AUGCACAAGCUGUUCAAGGUCAUCGCCGCCUCUGCCCUCUGCGGCAUCGUGGCUGAGACAUCUGCCUAUGAAGUUCAUCCAGGAGAGGUCGCAGAUGUGUCAGCAGAUCGCGCUGCCGUUGCCACGCUCCUACACCAGCCUGUAGGGCAUGAAAUUCCCUAUGAGCUCUACCCUCCUCGUGAGAUGGAAGAGGAAGAAGAGGUCCAGAAACAAGCAGAAGCAGAAGCUGCGCCAGAAGCAGCUGCAGUAGAAGCUGAAGAGGAGGCCUCAGAGCAGCCUCAGGCACAGAGGGAGGUAGCAGCAGCUCAAGUAGCAGAGCAAGUACAGCCAGAGGCGGAGGUCGCACCUGCUGAUGCUGAGGCAGAGGCCGCUGGGGAGCAGUAG